UGCAGGAAUUAUUCAUUUCGCAUUUGCGCCUGGAUCUGACACAAGUCGAGCUGCUGCGAAGCUUUUUGUUGGAAAGUUUAAAUCUUGGAUUAACUGGAAAACUUUCAGCCGAGACACAACCCUUUGGAUUACCGAGUUUGAGGACAACUUCUGCAACAAGUGUACAACCUUUAUCUGCUGGACACAUGGCUUCUGUUGGACCCUCUGUGGCGAGGCACCUGCUGUCCAGAGUCGGACGGUGGAUCAGUGGCUUUGCAGGGGGCGGGGCUUAAACUCUUGGCAGCGGGAGCGCAGAGAAAUCGCUCCGACGUCCCCUUCUGACGUGGUCCCUGUGGUUCCUUGUCGUGACAGCGCGCCGGCACGGAGGAGCGGGGAGGAGGACCUAAUAGUUAGUUACAGGGAUUGUUGAAGAUUACCACCCAGCCGGUGCAGCAGCAGUCGCAGACUCGGCAGCAGCUUUUCUCUCUCGUCUCUCUUUCUUCGCUAUGGCCGAGACUAAGGGGAAAUUCGACUUUGCCAUCGACCGGGGGGGCACCUUCACCGAUGUGUUCGCCCGGCUGCCCGACGGCAGGGAGAGGGUCCUGAAGCUGCUGUCCCGGGACCCCCAGAACUACAAAGAUGCUCCCACUGAGGGGAUCCGCAGGGUCCUGGAGGAGGAAACGGGUCGGGUCUUUCCUCGCGAGCAGCCAGUGGACACGUCUCUGAUCGGCUGGAUCAGAAUGGGCACAACGGUGGCAACCAACGCGCUCCUGGAGAGAGAGGGAGAAAGGACCGCGCUCCUGGUCACGCAGGGCUUCAAGGACCUGUUGCACAUUGGCACACAGGCCAGGCCAAAGCUUUUUGAUUUGGAGGUGGCGGUUCCUGAAGUGCUGUAUGAAGAGGUAAUAGAGGUGGAUGAGCGAGUCGUCCUCAGGCAAGAUGGCUGCCAGCUGCCCAGGAAAGACCCCAAACGUACCGUCACAGGCAGCACAGGGGACUCCCUGGAGGUGUGGAGGGAGCUCGACCUGGAGCGAGUGGAAAAAGACCUCAGGGGAGUUCUGUCCCGCGGGAUCACCAGUCUGGCUGUCCUGCUGCUGCACUCGUACACAUGGUCCGAUCACGAGAAGGCUGUAGGCGCCCUGGCUCGUCGCCUCGGCUUCACCCAGGUGUCUUUGUCCAGCGAGGUCAUGCCCAUGGUGCGGGCGGUGCCCCGCGGCUACACCGUCUGCGCCGACGCCUACCUCACACCCAAAAUUCAUCAGUAUUUAAAAGGCUUUACCUCUGGGUUCAAGGGGGGCCUGAAGGAUGUGGACGUCCUGUUCAUGCAGUCAGAUGGCGGUCUGACUCCCAUGGAGCAGUUCUGCGGCUCAAGAGCCGUUCUGUCAGGCCCAGCGGGAGGCGUGGUGGGAUACGCGAUCACCUCAUACAGCCAGAUGGAGAAAAAACCUGUGAUUGGCUUCGACAUGGGCGGAACAUCCACCGAUGUAAGUCGGUACGCCGGCCAGUAUGAACACGUGUUCGAGGCGACCACAGCCGGAGUCACCCUGCAAGCACCUCAGCUGGACAUCAACACCGUGGCUGCAGGCGGAGGAUCGCGACUGUUCUUCAGAUCAGGGAUGUUUGUGGUUGGACCAGAGUCUGCUGGUGCACAUCCAGGACCAGCCUGUUACAGAAAAGGCGGCCCUCUGACUGUCACAGAUGCUAACUUGGCUCUGGGUCGCCUCCUCCCCUCCUUCUUCCCGAAGAUCUUUGGGCCUGGAGAGAAUGAACCACUGUCACUGGAAGAAACCAUGAAGCAUUUCCGCCAUCUGACCCAAGAGAUCAACCUCUUCUUGUCUUCUAAUCAGCCACAGGUUGGCAAAAAUGGGGCGAACCACUCUCACGACAGCACGUCAGGGAUGAGCGUGGAGGAAGUUGCUAUGGGAUUUAUUCGCGUUGCUAAUGAGGCCAUGUGCCGGCCAAUCAGAGCUCUGACACAGGCUAAAGGCCACGAUACAUCUCAGCACGUGUUGGCAUGUUUCGGAGGUGCAGGUGGCCAGCAUGCCUGUGCUAUUGCUCGAGCCUUGGGGAUGAAAACUGUCUUCAUACAUAAAUACAGCGGGGUGUUAUCAGCGUACGGUCUGGCUCUAGCUGACGUGGUGGAGGAGGUGCAGGAGCCGUGUUCGCUGCAGUACGAGCAGCGCUCUUUCGGCAAGCUCAAUCAGAGGGUGGAGCAGCUCUCGAAACGCUGCCGCGAUACACUCUGCGCACGCGGGUUCAUCAGCGCUCAGAUUACAACUGAGGUUUUCCUCCAUCUGCGUUACGAGGGCACCGACUGCGCUCUCAUGGUCACUUCUGCCGGCUACCCCAGCAAUGCCCAGUCCUGUCAGGCUGGAGACUUCCGCAGUGCCUUCACCAAGCGUUACCUGAAGGAGUUUGGAUUCACUAUCCCAGACAGACCCAUCAUGGUUGAUGACAUCAGAGUGAGGGGUUGUGGGAAAUCUGGUAUCAAAUCAGUGCAUAAGACAACGAUGGGACAUGGACAGGCCAAACCGGUCACGGUGACCAAGUGUUACUUUGAGGAGGGUCACCUGGACACCAGUGUGUAUCUGUGGGAGGAGCUGCCGUGUGGUCACAGCAUCCCGGGACCAGCCAUCAUCAUUGACAAAAACAGUACCAUCCUGGUGGAGCCCAGCUGUGAGGCCCAUCUGACGGAAGGGGGCGACGUCUGCUUGUCUGUCGGCUCUGACCGUCACUGUGCCCUGGGCACUGAGCUCAACACUGUGCAGCUCUCCAUCUUCUCCCACCGCUUCAUGAGCAUAGCAGAACAGAUGGGUAGAGUUCUCCAGAGAACCUCCAUCUCCACCAACAUAAAGGAACGGCUCGACUUCUCCUGCGCUGUAUUCGGACCGGAUGGUGGUUUAGUGUCCAAUGCACCUCAUAUCCCGGUGCACCUGGGGGCCAUGCAAGAGACGGUCCAGUACCAGAUCAAGUCAUUAGGGACCAAGCUGAAAGAAGGUGAUGUGAUCCUGAGUAACCACCCGUGUGCUGGGGGCAGCCACCUCCCAGACCUCACCGUCAUCACACCGGUGUUUAGGAAAGGGGUGAGCAGUCCAGUGUUCUUUGUAGCCAGCAGGGGGCACCACGCUGACAUUGGAGGCAUCACUCCGGGCUCCAUGCCGCCCCACUCCACCUCCCUUCAGCAGGAGGGGGCCGUCUUCACAUCCUUUAAACUCGUCACCGGUGGCGUCUUCCAGGAAGAAGCUGUAACUGAAGCUCUGAUGGCUCCGGCCCAGUACCCAGACUGCUCUGGGACUCGUAAUCUCCAUGACAACCUGUCAGACCUGCGGGCUCAGGUGGCGGCCAAUCAGAGAGGCAGUCAGCUGGUGGGGGAGUUGAUUGACAGCUACGGGUUAACUGUGGUCCAAGCCUACAUGGGAUACAUUCAGAGUAAUGCAGAGCUGGCGGUGAGGGACAUGCUCAGAGACUUCGCACGUCGCAGACGGCAUCAGACUGGAUCCUUGGAGGUGGAAUCGGAGGAUUUCAUGGAUGAUGGAACUCCGAUCAGACUGCGGGUUCAGAUUAAUGAGGAGGAGGGCAGUGCGGUGUUUGACUUCACAGGGACGGGAACUGAGGUUUGGGGCAACUGCAACGCUCCACGUGCCAUCACUCUCUCUGCCCUCAUCUACUGCCUGCGCUGCAUGGUGGGACAGGACAUCCCGCUUAAUCAGGGCUGCCUCACACCAAUCAAAGUCAUCAUACCCCCUGGCUCAAUUCUUCAGCCCUCCCAGAAUGCAGCUGUGGUAGGAGGAAAUGUGCUCACAUCCCAGCGGGUGGUCGAUGUCAUCUUUAGGGCGUUUGAGGUGUGCGCCGCUUCGCAGGGCUGCAUGAACAACAUCUCAUUUGGGAGCGAGAGGGUAGGUUACUAUGAGACGGUUGCCGGGGGAGCAGGGGCGGGGCCAGGCUGGAAUGGGCGGAGUGGAGUUCACAGUCACAUGACCAACACCCGCAUCACUGACCCCGAGAUCCUGGAGAAGAGAUAUCCUGUGGUAUUAGAACAGUUCUCUCUGAGGCCCGGCUCCGGAGGUGCAGGAAGAUACUGUGGCGGAGACGGCGUGAUUCGGAAACUUCUGUUCAGGAGCAAGGUGGUUCUGUCCGUGCUGACGGAGAGGAGAUCCACCCGCCCCUAUGGCCUCCAAGGGGGUGAGGAUGGUGCAGCAGGGCUGAACCUGCUUCACAGAGCAGACGGCCGAGUCCUCAACCUGGGAGCCAAAACAAGCGUCAGCAUUCAGCCUGGGGACACAUUCUGCCUCUACACUCCUGGAGGAGGGGGAUACGGAAAAGAGGACGACACCAACAGGAGACCUCUGACCAAGCGCAGGCGUUUGAACGAGACCUUUCCAGAGAGAGGCAGCGUCUUCGAAUACCGAAUGGCACAAGAGGGAGUGUGAAAAGAAACAGAGAGAGAGAUAACAGACAAGUCAGAGGAAGGAAAGAGGUUGGAGAAUCACAGGAAGACAAGCAGAGUCAGAGAUGUUAAAGACAGACAGAGUGGGGCUCUUAAAAUGGAGAGCAAAUGGUGCUACCAUCAGCUCUAUCAUAAUACCAUGCGAAUCACAAUUAAGAAAGAUGCCUAGAUGUCGUCUAACAACAGAAAUAUCAGAUAACUUAAUGGUUUAUAAACGUACUGUAACAGUGAGGAAAGGCAAGUGACAGAAUACCACAGCUCAGAUGAAGGUAUCAGUCAGAUUUGUGCAAUGGACACCUAAGAUUUAAUAUUUUACAUGUUAGUUAAAAAAAAAAAUUCUCCUUUUGUGAGUAGCUUAAUUUUUAUAAUACAGUUUGUAGUGCUGCAGAGAUAUCCUGGACUACAGAUCUUGUUUUCCAGGUCCAAAAAAACAUGUUUGAUAUGCGUCAUCAUGAUUUUUCAGUAGUUUCAAUGAUCAAUAGUUUUUUCAGUGCAAAAUUAUCAUUCCAUCAUAACACCUUUCACCAUAUCGUGCAUCCUCACUGUGAUGUAUUUAAAUAUAUUCCAACUGUGCGAGAAAACACCAGCCAUGUGAAGCAGCUGCUAAUCUGUUUUUAACUGGAACACAACUUAUCUAACACCACAGAGUCCUGACGUGGUUACUGCCCUGUCUGUGGUAACAAAUAAACCACAUUUCUACUAAUGA